AUGGCGCAACUCGCAAUCAACGGCGACCAUGCCCCGCCGACCCACCACGACACCGCCGACAUCGACCUCUCCGACGCCGCGAACAACAAGCGCAAGCGCGAACAUGCCGCUGACGUGUCCGAAGCCGCAACAACACUGCAAUCGCGGACGAGGCAGAUACAGAGGGACAUACUACAGCUCUUGGAACAACACGACACCGAGCCAUCAUUCCUCAAGCACACCUUCACAAAUGCUCCCUCCCAUCAGCCACAGCAAAAGAAGGCCAGACUGUCCGAGCCAGCCAGCGAGGCCUCUACUAUAGCCACAAACCUCGACCAUGCCAGCUACACUACACUACACCAAAUCAAGAGCGAUGCCGCUGUCGUAUGCGAACAGCUUGCGACCUCGAUCCGUGCCAAGGCGAAAGACAGAGAUGGUAAUGCCGGUGGCAGGCCAUCGGUGGAUGACCUGAAACACCUACAUAAGAUCCACGCACUCGAGUCGCUGAUCAGACAUGUCGUGGACAAGGAGUCGCAGUACCUGGGUCUGCAAGAACGGCAGGCCAAGCCAACCAAGAAGGAGGAACUGGCGAAUGGCCAUCCUACAGACACCGGAACAGCAACAACGUCAGCCAGCAAGUCGGGCUCAGUGCUCACCCUCUUUGGCAAUGCGCCCACCCCCAAGCAGCUCUUCUCGUCGAUGCAGAACCCAUCAGCUGCUCGUGGGGACUCGGCCGUUGAGAAUGAGCUGCCCGUAGAGGAGAUGAGCCUCCCGAAUGGCAUCACAGCUACCAAGGUCGUCGCAGGUCCGGUGGAGAGCAAGAAAGGCCCGACGUUGGAGGAAGCCUUUCCUCCGCCGUACAACUUGCCAGCACUCCAACCACCAAAAGCACACAAGAGGUCCUCCACCCGAGAUCAGUCUGUCACGUGGGAAUUUAAAGAUCCAGUGCAAAGGAGCAAGAAAGGUGCAGGCUAUACGGUGCAGUCCCUGACCGUGGGGAAUUGGCUGGCCUAUGGUGGUAAAGAUGGCGCAGAUGCCGACGCGACACGAGAGAAGAGAAAGCAGCGCGAUCGUGCUCUUAGCAGCAGCGCCGGUGAGCCUGCACAACGACCUGACAAAGCCGCUCUGGAGGAAGCAUUGGCCAAAGAAGAGGAGGAACUAUUCCGAAGAGCGUACUCUAGUUUUGCGCCUUCUAUGGACAACUCGAAUGCCGUCGUACCCGAAGAGACCAAGAAUCUGGUAUGGUGGCACAAGACUGGUAACAAACGAUUCAACGACAGCUUCGCGAUCGAUCCUGCACUGCUGGACGAGACUGAACCUUCAGUGGUGCCGUUCGAGAGUAUCGAUCACGAUUCAGCGAUUGAGGUCGAUGAUUUCGACAAGGUCAUGGAAGACGUGGAGGCACUCGAGAGCGUCACGCCCGACCCAGAACCCGUCAAGUCAAAGACCGAUGUUGAGCAAGUGCUGCAAAAAGUCUCCGAACUUCUCGAGACUCUCGCAUCGUAUCAACGGAACCGCACUGCUAGCCUUGCGACCUCGACAGCACCCUCGCGGACACCUCUAUCACCUGCUCCGAUUGUGGCAUCGCAGCUGGGUAAGCCAGACGAGCCAUCAGAGGAAGAAGUCAACACUUACUACAGCCUCCAACGCGAGAUUGCCUACCUGGUCAUGAAGCUUCCCCCUUACGCUGUAGCGAAGCUCGACGGUGAUCAGCUGUCUGAGCUCGGCGUGAAGAAGCUCAUCAAAUUCCACACCAAAGACAUUAAGGGUGUCAUGGAGGAAGACUCGGUCACUCGGCUAGCAAAAGCACAAGCACUUGCCACAGCAUCGAGCAUUGCCAGCCUUGCUCGACCCAACUCAUCAGCCGGACAGCAUUACAGUACCACCGCAAACCGUACACCUGCGAUCGGCCAGGCAGCCAACACACGCUACGGUCAACAAUUUGGCGCGAAGACACCAGCAUUGCCUCAGUUCCAGCGUCAAGCUAGCAACCCACUUUCGUACGGCACACCAACCGCGACCGCGCCACGACCGAAUUACACCCAACCGAACCAGUACACCCGCCCAGGUGCGCCACAGGGUGGCUUUGGGUCCACUCCAGCUGGACAAUUCUAUCAGCGUCCAGCACAGACUCCAGGCGGAUUCGGCGGUUUCGGCCAGACGUACCAGUCAACACCGCAAUCACAACAACGCUACACGCCUCAGGCACAACCCCAAUACCCGUUGCCACCGCGCUCAGUGGCGCAAACCGCCGCUGCGAACGCCGUUGGUUAUCAGACUAACUCUUCGGCACAGCAACAGGCAUUCCCACGCACCGCUUCGCCAGCCAAGCCAGCGGGCUUUCCUGCCGUCUCGAUGGCACCGAACCCGAUGCAGCAAGCGGGUCAGCAGCGCCCGGUCUACCCUAUUCAGGCAGGCUCGGGCAGAGUAACGCCAAACAACUACCCAUCGCAACCACACACACCCGUCAACGGCUUCAGACCGCCACCACAAACCUUGCAACCUCGACCAGCCAACACUACACCACAACCACCAAGCCAAGGACCACUUUCGACCGGAGCACCAGCAGCGCAAACGAAUGGUACCUCGUAA